AUGCUACUUGCCCCUGAGGGAGACCCGGAUGCACCAGACAUCCCGACCCCGCGCUCUUACGCAGAGGCGAUAGAGGGUCCCUACUCCUCUCAGUGGCAGACAGCCAUGGACGCAGAGAUGGCUUCCUCGAAGUCCACAUGCACCUACGUCGACGAGGUUCCCCCACCUGGGGCGAACAUCGUCAGUGGAAUGUGGAUCUUCAGGGUGAAGCGGCCGCUGGGUUCUCCGCCUGUCUUCAAGGCGCGUUACGUUGCACGAGGCUUCAGUCAGAGAGAGGGAGUUGACUUCUUCCAGACCUUCUCCCCUACCCCAAAGAUGACCACUCUUCGGGUACUGCUGCACGUCGCUGCUCAGCGUGACUACGAGCUUCACUCUCUUGACUUCAGCACAGCCUUCCUACAGGGCAGCCUGCACAAGGAGAUCUGGCUGCGCCGCCCACCUGGCUUCACUGGGUCGUUUCCUGCUGGUACCCAGUGGAGCCUCAGACGGCCAGUCUACGGUCUCCGCCAGGCGCCUCGUGAGUGGCACGACACACUGAGGACGACUCUUGCGGCUCUUGGAUUUGCUCCUUCUACUGCUGACCCGUCGCUGUUUCUACGCACCGACACCUCUCUGCCGCCGUUCUACCAAGCGCGGGAGGGAGGGAGACGGGGCGUAGUGGCGCGCGGCUGCAGCAGAGGCUGUGCGUGCGUCUGUUGCUGCGCGCGCGGGCGGCUGCUGCUCGUGCGCGUGCAGCUGCACGCGCGGGCGGCUGCUGCGUGUGCGCGUGCAGCUGCGCGUACGUUCGUGGCUGCUGCUGCGCGCACUGCUGUGCGUAUUGCUGCUGCACGCGCGGGCGUGCACGCUGUUGCUCCGCGUGGCUGUGCGUGCUGCUGUGCGUGCAGCUGCUGCUGUGCGCUCGAUUCUGUAUGA